CGGCCAGCUCUGCAUGCGAAUACUGUAUUUGAAGUGUGUUUCUAUCUUUUUUAAUUCUGCAAGCUUUUUGUUUUCUAAAAUAUUUCAGUUUUUCCACGACUUUAAUAUGCUACUCAAGAAAGAUGGAGCUGCAGCUGUGGUGGAAGGGAUGCAAAUUGUCCUGAGCCUAGCCCUCGGGGAUCGCUUGGGAGCCAAAAGAAAGGACACGAUGCCUGUCUUGGAGGCUGACAAGGCGACAGCUUGUGCAAGGCGCAAGAAACACAUCCGGGCUGUACGAACCUUGCAACUCCUGGCGACACUUGUUCAUCAACCAAGAGCAAUGGAAGCAAUGUUUGUGCCUCUGGAAGGGGAGAAACCGUCUACACCAUGCAUUGCUUACAGUGGCACCUCUGUUGAGCAGGCAGACGACCUGUUCCUUUACAUUGAGAAGCAGCAGUUACUGCGUGUGAUUAAUGCUGAGCAAGGCAUUGCUGCAAUGAUGGCGGCGUACUAUCUUUUUGACAUCAACUAUGCUACAGCAGCACACAGUUUGUGCUGCGUUGUAGAACAUUUAUUUUUUGGUGUUCGUGUAACAAAACCAAGGUGCGCAACACAGCGCUUCAUCUCUUCUUACGUGGCAGAGUUCUCCAGUGUUCAGCUGCAGUCUUCUGCCAAAUAAGCAAUCUGCUCACAAACCAACGUGUUUUAAAAGAACAAUAAAU